GUGGGCUCCUACGGUGGGCGCCUGCGCUACACCCUGACCUACACCCCGGGGGGCCCGGGAGCCCCCCAGCCCGACGCCGACAUCCAGAUCACGGGCAAUGACAUCACGCUGGUGGCCCAUCAGCCCGAGCUGCCCCCGCGGACCCCCCAGGCCUUCGAGAUCAUUUUCCGGGAGCAAUACUGGCAGCGGCCGGACGGGCAGCCGGCGACGCGGGAGCACCUGCUGAUGGCCCUGGCGGACCUGGACGAGAUCCUGAUCCGGGCCACCUACUCCACGAGCACGGCCUCGGCCGGCAUCGCCGACGUGGCCAUGGACACGGCCGUGCCCCCCCAGCCCGGCCUGCCCCCCCGCCCCCGAGGUGGAGGAGUGUCGCUGCCCCCCCGGCUACCACGGGCUGUCCUGCCAG